UCGACGUUCUUCUUCCACUUUCUGGAACAAUCGACAGUGAUAUAGAAAUCUUAAUCCUUAAUUCUUCUGAAUCUAUAUGUGAUGAAUCCAAUCCUCAUAACCAUCCAAUCCAAUUCUGCAACAUAACAAACAUUCCGGAAAAUCUCAUAAUCCCAAAUCCCAAAUUCACAGUUUUCAAAUAAACCCUCGAAAAAAAACCCAAAAAUCUCAACAACAAUGUCGAUGAUUCCAAGUUUCUUCGGUAACCAGAGGACAAACGUUUUCGACCCAUUCUCACUAGACAUCUGGGAUCCAUUCCAAGAUUUCCCAUUCUCAGGUUCUUCCUCUUCUGCACUUUCGUUUCCGGCUCGUUCCGAAAUCUCAAAAGAAACAUCACAAUUGUCAAACACUAGAAUCGACUGGAAAGAAACCCCAGAAGCUCAUAUAUUCAGAGCAGAUCUUCCUGGUAUUAAAAAAGAGGAAGUGAAGGUUGAAGUUGAAGAAGGAAGAGUGCUUCAGAUAAGUGGUGAAAGAAGUAGAGACAUGGAAGAAAAGAAUGACAAAUGGCAUAGAGUUGAACGCAGCAGUGGUAAGUUUUUAAGGAGAUUCAGAUUGCCUGAGAAUGCAAAAGUCGACGAAGUUAAGGCGUCUAUGGAAAAUGGAGUACUUACUGUCAGUGUUCCUAAAGUUGAAGAGAAGAAGCCUGAAGUCAAAUCUAUUCAGAUUUCUGGUUAGAGUGAGUCUCAUUACCAAUCAAUGAAAUGCGUCUCUGCGCAAUCUAGUAUGUUGUGUGAAAUGUGAAGAAUAAAUGUGGUAGUCCGUUUAAUAGUGUCAGUGUGUCUGUAAUGGUUUAAACUUGUUUGUUAAUGAAUUAAUUAUGUUAGAGUUAUCAUCA